GCCUCCUGUACAGGGUGUCGUUCUGCAACAACGUAAGAAAUGGCUAUGGCUAUCAUUUAUACUUCUGCAUGGAAACCGAUAAUAUAUAUGAAGAAAUAAAACAAUGUGCGUUUGUUGUUUUAUGCCGUUUAUUCUGAACUAAGGCUUUAACUUGUUAAUGUAGGUAUUUUACCUUGGCUACAUACUCAACUUUGCAACGGACGACUUGCCAACGAGCGAGUGACUACCCGGAAUUUAUGUCUGUGAGCUUUAGCAAGCUAUCGCCAGAAGACGACUGUUUUGCCGAGUCCAGACUAUCACCAAAUACAGUACUUUAAAACAAUAUCUAAAGAGCAUUCCUGUCACUGCAUACAGUUGUGUUUCAGGAUGGCGGGAGAGAAGUGAGGUGGCGGUGCUUUAGGGAAGGCCGCUGGCUGAGAUGGAGAAGGCUCGGAGGCUUCGCGGCGCGGGCGAGCGCUGCCUGCUGGCUGCCUGCUCCUGGUCCUGGGGUGCGUGCCGAAUCUGCCUCUUGGCCCUCAUUCUCACCUUCCACCUGUACGGCGGCCUGCUGCUGCUGGGCCUCAUCCUGGUGUCCGCCGCGGGCAUCCUCUACAAGUUCCAGGACGCCCUGCUCUACUUCCCCGACCAGCCCCCGUCGUCCCGCCUGUACGUCCCUGUGCCCCCGGGCGUCCCUCACGAGAACGUCUACGUCCGCGCCAAAGACGGUGUUCGCCUCAACCUCAUCCUCCUCCGCCACGCCGGUGAAACCCCCACCCCGGGCGCCGGCCCCGGCCCCGCCCCCACGCCCGCCCCCACCCCCACCAUCAUCUACUUCCACGGGAACGCGGGCAACAUCGGGCACCGGGUGCCCAACGCCCUGCUGAUGCUGGUCAACCUGAAGGCCAACGUGGUCCUGCUGGACUACCGGGGUUAUGGGAAGAGUGAGGGCGAGCCCAGCGAGGAGGGCCUUCGGCUGGAUGCGGAGGCCGCCCUGGACUACGUCAUGACCCGGCCUGACCUGGACAAGACCAAGGUGGUCCUGUUCGGACGCUCCCUGGGCGGGGCGGUGGCGGUUCGACUGGCCUCGGAGAACCCGCACCGAGUGGCGGCCGUUAUCCUGGAGAACACCUUCCUCAGCAUCCCGCACAUGGCGGCCACGCUCUUCACCUUCCUGCCCAUGGGCUACCUGCCGCUCUGGUGCUACAAGAACAAGUUCCUGUCGUACCGGCACGUGGCUCAGUGCCGCAUGCCCUCGCUGUUCGUCUCAGGCCUGUCGGACCAGCUCAUUCCACCGGUCAUGAUGAAGCAGCUGUACGAGCUGUCGCCCUCGCGGACUAAGCGCAUGGCCAUCUUCCCCGACGGCACGCACAACGACACCUGGCAGUGCCCGGGCUACUUCGCCGCCCUGGAGCAGUUCGUCAAGGACCUGCUGAAGAACCACGCCCGCGAGGAAGCGGCCGGCGGCGUGGCUAGCGUGACCAUCAUUUAAACCGCACGCGGUCGACAUCAUUCCCGGGCCUGGCCACCAGGUGGCGACAAGCUGCAAUGGAAUGUACUUUUUUAUUCUCAUUCACUGUUUGAAUGUAGUCUCUCUUUUCUCAUCUGUGUAAAUGCAUCGCGGACAGAAAUCGCAACAAAUAAAUAAAAGGGCCUGAGGUUGUGUGAAGCUGAGUGCGGAAGUUAAUUGUAUAAUACCUUUUUGAGUCCCGUUUUGAAUGUAUGGUCAUCUCCGAUUAUUACAUUUAUUGAAUUCUCCAUACACGCUUGUUUUUCCAGGCUCUUUUGAAAAAUUACAGAGAAAGGUAUGCCAAGUGAUACUUUAUUCAGAAUUUGCAGCCGGUAUAAAACAGGUGCUACGUUCUCUUUUUAGUGUUCAUUAAAGCGAGCCUUAGUUUAUUUAUUCAGGCCCGACAAUACAGAAGAUGAGAUCGGCAAAGGUAAAGGUAUACCAGAUAUGGUAUGUAGUAAACUUGACUGUUAGUACAGUUCAUUUUCAGUGUUUUCUGGGCGUUAUUACUGGUGUGUGGACUUCUCCAGUAAAUACAGCGUUUGAUACUACAGUAUCCCUGAUUGUAAUACUGAGAAUGUGAAAUUGAAAUGUGAGAAUGUUUUUCAGUGUUGUCAAGAUGCAUGACUAAUUUUAUGUACUUGUGAUAAUAAACUGCAAAGUGUCACUUGGUAUACCUUUCUACAACCACUGUUUCCCAGGAUGUAAUGGUGCAUCAAUUUUUGUUUCAGGAAUGCAACAUCGCCCUGGCUGUUUUUGAGAAAUUGCAUGAGCAAACUUGGUCUAGGGCCAUUUCUAAUGAGCACAUUGAUUCUCCAUGUCUAUCAGGGAUGGAUAACACAUUACAUUUGUUGCUGUACCUCAAUUAAAUGUUCUCCAUUGCAGUAAUAAAUAAGCCAUUUAUGCAGUAAAUUAUUGCUUUUUUAUAUAUUUUUUUUUUUCAGUUCUAAAAAUCUUGUCUCUUGUAAAUGGGGGAAACCAAUAAAUCGGGGUGGGGGUGCUCUCAUAAUUAAACAAGAUUUUGGAGAAUAAUUAUUUUUACUGGGAAGGUCUCUGGUUAUUACCAGACAAUUUCCAGAUUCUUUUUUUCCUUUUUAUUAUGGUUUUAGAGAGGGGAUUUCUAGCUGGUUGGGUAUGAUCUGAAAGUAAAUUAGUGUCUAUUUGGUCUUUGCCCAAAUUAUAGCCAAAAUGGGAAUUUGCACGCACUAUAGCCAUAUAUUGACACAGAGUCUGGAAGCUCCGAGUCUGACUAUUUCCACACUUCCACGCUGAUUUCCAAGCAUUUUGAUUGAUUUGGAAAUGAUUGACCUUAUUUGAUAACCAUUUUCUGUUAAUACGUAACCAACCUGUCAGCAUACAGUAAAAACACAGUUGAUUUGAGUUCACUUGAAAAUAUGAAUACUUUUGAGAUGGAGUUUCUUUUUUUAAAAAGUGAAAGUUGAAAAAGAAAUGACCAAAUACAGAUUAUACAUUGUUGGACACAUUAAUAAUAAUAAUAAUAAUAAUAAUAAUACAAAACUUAUGGAAAUUCUGUAUUUUUCUUUUCUGUGUUUAUUAUGGUAACUAUAUAUAUUUUUUGCAUUGAUGCCUUUUAUUGUCAUAUCCUGAAUAUUUACUCCUGAUGCAAUGUGCCAUAUAUUCAAGUGUGUCUGGACAAUGAAGAUAGGACUAGAGUUUUCUGUACUGAAAGUGAUUGGGCUCAUACUUGCUCUAUAUGGUUAGACAACAACAAUAAGGGCCGUAUCUGUUUCUGGUUUUCAUGCCAACUUCUGGCCUUAAUUACAUAUUAGCCCGAACCUUGCUAUGCUAUCUGGCAUUUUAGCUGAUGUGCAUGAACGAUAGCUGAAGACUGUUUUUGUGUCCCUAUAUGAAACAUUUACUGUGAUCUAAUCUACGAGUGAACCAGUGUUGGUGUAUACAGUCAAUUGACCCUUUCGCCAGGGUAAUUGGUGAAGAUAUGAAACAUGCACACACAUUGCCCACCCCUGGGCUAGAUCGACUGUCUGUGUGAACCAUCCACCAGAGUACUUUAACCAUACUAAUUGUAUUGGUGUGCAAGUUCUUUUUUUUCUAUAGCUUGAGGAAAUGUUUUCUUCUUUUUUUUAAGACACAAUCAGAUUUUCUGUACUGUAACAUGCAAUAAAUCUCAUAAGUUUCA